AUGCCUAAAAUUACUUCAUUAAAAUAUUAUGCUAUAGCAAAAGAAGAAAAGACAGGGAUUUUUACAUCAUGGAAAGAAUGUAAAGAAUAUGUCAAUAGAUAUCCUGAAGCUUUGUACAAAUCAUUUUUUACAAAGAUCAAGGAACAUAAAGGAAAAACAUAUUUAAAACAUGUAAAAGGCCAUAGUAGUAUUUAUGAGAAUGAACAAGCAGACAAACUAGCAUAUAUAGGUUCAAAAAAUCUUGAUAUUGAAUUAAUUUUACCAGUACGUCAAAAUACUAUCAAAGAUUAUUUCAAAUAA